AUGGCCCUCUUGGGGCUGCUACUACUCGCUGUGGUGCUCGUCUCGGCCGAGAAACAGGAAGUGUCAGAUAUUCCCGAAGAAAUCGCCAAGGCCAUGCAUGGAGGACACCAUGGGGCUCACGAAGGGACGUCGAUGAAGAAGGUCUUUGCGACGCUGUUCCCUUUUGAGAGUCCUGCUUGGAAUUCAAUCCUCGCUACAUUCUACAUCUCCUCCGUCCCAAACUUUAUCCUCCUCGCCGUUCCCGCCACCCUCGACCCCACCUCCCUCAACACCAUGAUCUCCUUCGCCACCGGUGGUCUGCUCGGGGACGUGUUUCUGCACUUGGUGCCCCAUGCGUUCUUUGGGGAAGGGCAUGGGGUUGGGGAAGAUGGGGUGAAGAGUGUUGUGGUGGAGGAGAAGCGGAAUAUAGUCAUUGGAGGGGCGAUCUUCCUGGGCUUUGCGGCAUUCUUUGUGCUGGAUAAGACUAUGCGCGUGCUCAGCUCUUCUGCAGGGGGUGGCGGUCACUCCCACUCUCACUCUCAUAACCACGGGCACACGCACGCCCAACCUGAAGAAUCGACCGCCACCUCCUCCGCCAUCGCUCCCUCUGCCGAGCUGCGUUCCCGCAACACCUCCACCUCUAAAGAGCCAGCCCAGCCCGAGACCGCGGAGGACGAUAAGGAAAAGGUUAACCCUUCGCUCAAGCUGUCUGCGUACCUCAACUUGUUUGGCGACUUUACGCACAAUAUCACGGAUGGCCUGGCGAUGGCUGCUAGUUUCUACUCGAGCCCGGCUUUGGGAGCUGUCACCACCAUAGCGACAUUCUGCCACGAGAUCCCUCACGAAAUUGCAGACUAUUCGAUUUUGAUCAAAUCGGGCUUUACCAAAUCCCAAGCUAUGGGCUCCCAAUUCUUCACCGCCGUCGGGGCGUUCGUCGGGACCUUUUUGGGUAUCUGGAUCGCCGAGACGUCGGGGGUAGCGGCGGCGACUGCUGGAGGGGCUGUAUCGGAGGGUCAAGGGUUCUUUGGCACGACGGUGGGAGGGGCAGAGUUGGUCAUUCCUAUGACUGCUGGAGGGUUCUUGUACAUUGCAAGUGUCAGCGUCAUCCCCGAGUUGCUGGAAGAAUCCCGAAGCGGCAAGCAGGCGCUCAAAGAGUAUGCUGCCAUGGCGUUCGGCGUCUUUUGCAUGGCUGUGAUUGCAUGGAACGAGUAG